AUGCCCUCCACAGGGCAAGACGCUCCCGUCCUUCACCGUCCAACCAGCCCUUCGAACUCCUCCAACAUCGAAGAAGAAGACGCCCUGCUCACAGGCCAGCGAACGGGGAAGAGUGAGCCCAGCCCGACGACACAUAACAGGAACAAAUGGCGGGAGAUAGGACUCUUUGUUUGGGCGGUUGUGGCGAGUGCUGUUGUGAUUGUGUUGGCGGUUUUCUACCAACAUAAUGCGCAGGGAGGGGAUACGGAUGGACGGAGUGGACAUGGGGGACAUGGAGGUCAUGGAGGUCAUGCUGGAAAGGCUCCUAUCGUCGCCGGGAAGAGGAAUCUAAUCUUCAUGGUCAGCGAUGGAAUGGGACCCACAAGCCUCGAGCUCACGCGGAGUUGGAGACAAUAUACGGAUCAUUUACCCUGGAACGAGACGCUCGAACUGGAUAAACACCUUAUCGGACAGUCGCGGACACGGAGUUCAAGCUCGCUGGUCACCGACUCCGCGGCGGGAGCCACAGCUUUCUCCUGCGGCGCAAAAUCCUUCAAUGGCGCCAUCUCCGUGCUCCCAGACUUCAGUCCCUGUGGAAGCGUCAUGGAAGCCGCGAAGAGGAUGGGGUAUACGACGGGUUUGGUGGUCACGACUAGGAUCACGGAUGCCACGCCUGCGGUGUUUGCGAGCCAUGUGAGGAGGAGAGAGAUGGAAGAUGAGAUUGCGUUGCAGAUGGUUGGGGAGACGCAUCCGUUGGGAAGGAUGGUGGAUCUCAUGAUGGGUGGAGGGAGGUGCCAUUUCUUGCCGCAGGGGAACGAGGGGAGUUGCAGAGAGGAUGAGGUGGAUGUGGUGAAAGCGGCGAAGGAGAAGGGAGGGUGGAAGUAUAUUGAUGACAAGGCUGGAUUCGAUCGUCUGGAUGGCGGGAAAAAAGUGGAACUUCCACUCCUCGCACUCUUCGCACCAGGCGAUAUCCCCUACGAAGUCGACCGCCGCUUUCAACAGGAUAUCUACCCAUCCCUGGAGAACAUGACCCGCACCGCCCUCCGUGCUCUCGCCGACGCCACAAAACACUCCGACCAAGGCUUCUUCAUCAUGAUCGAAGGCUCCCGCAUCGACCACGCCGGCCACGCCAACGACCCGGCGGCUCAAGUCCACGAGGUGCUAGCCUACGACCACGCCAUCUCGGCCGUGCUAGACUUCAUCGAACACUCUGACGUGCCGACUGUGAUGGUGAGCACCUCCGACCACGAGACAGGCGGUCUCGCCGCUGCCCGUCAACUGCACUCUCCCACUUACCCCGAGUACCUCUGGUACCCCUCUGUGCUCGCGGCCGCCAACCACUCAGCAUCCUACACCUCGCAUGAAUUCUCCGCUCACCACUCAGCGGCACCCAACGAGAAGCCGGAACAAUUCGCGGCGUUCGUCAAAGAUCUCGUCUCCCGCGAUCUCGGCAUUUCCGACCUCUCCUCCGACGAGGUCAAGUCCCUCCAAGACACCCCAAACCUGGCACCAUACAUUUUCGCCGACGUCCUCUCCCGCCGCGCACAAACAGGUUGGUCGACACACGGACACUCCGGCGCGGACGUGAACAUUUACUCUUCCUCGCCCGACGCCGCUGCGGCGUUGCAGGGGAAUCAUGAGAACACUGAAGUCGGCGGGUUCUUGCGGGACUACUUGGGCUUGGGCGAGGAGGUGGAGAAGGUCACGCGGCUGUUGAGGGAGCAUGCGAAAGGGAAGGCGGAAGAGGAGGUGUGGUUGGGGAGUGUACCCGAGGAGGGCGAGAGGUUGGAUGGACAGAGUCAUCGGGAAGAUGGGUAUCAUGGGGAACAUCGGACGAGGGCGGAGAAGAGAGUGUGUGCAGUUUGUGGAGUUUAG